ACAUGGGCGACUAAAAUGACAGGCUGAUGAAAUUUGAUGACUUCAAGCAGCAGAGCCAAACUUUCGAUAAAUAGUUAAGGGAAGAUGUCAUAUAUUCGUCGCUUCAUGUAAAAAGCUAACAUGUCGCCUAUUUUUAGUAUUGACGGGUGGUCAGAUGAGGGAUGUCACGUAUCUAAAAGAAAAUCAGAGUACACAGAGUGCAGCUGCAACCAUCUGACUCACUUUGCAGUUUUGUUCGACUACACAGCAGAGACAGAAAAAGAUGAGAAGAUAUUGACGAUUCUCACUUACGUGGGACUGAUCUUGUCGCUCAUUGGAAUAAUUCUUACUUUAGCUUCUUAUGCUCUCCUCACUGAUGUGCAUCAGCCGCUGUCUCAAGUGAGGUUAAGUCUCGUUGCCUCAUUGGGACUUGGCCAGAUAAUGUUUCUUGCCGGGAUAAAUGCCACACAGGUUAAGGGUAUUUGUGUCGCAGUGGCAGCCCUGAUGCAGUAUUUUCUCAUGUCAGCCUUUUGUUGGAUGCUUGUCGAAGGAAUUUAUCUUUACCUGUUUGUUGUCAAAGUUUAUAAUAUAAAUGAGAAGAUGGCCAUGUACCAUGCUUUUUCCUGGGCUUUUCCAGCUGUUAUGGUCAGUAUUUCGCUGUUAAUUGCUUCAGCGAGGGACGAAAUCGGUAGUUUUGUCAGCAAAGAAUACUGCUGGCUCUCCAACGCAAAUCAUUCUAUCUGGAUAUUUGCUGUUUUUGUGGUGACAGUGGAAGUUCUCAACUUGUUAAUUCUGGCCAGAGUUGUAAAAGAAAUGUCCGGAACACAGCCAGCUCCAGGAAAUCAUCAGAUAAGACUCUGCAUCAAGACAUGCGCAGUAAUGAUUCCCUUGCUGGGUGUCACGUGGUUAUUUGGUAUCUUUUCGACGUUUCACAAAGCUUUUGCCUAUAUCUUUACUAUCUUCAGCGCAACUCAGGGAUUUCUCAUUUUUCUAUUGCAUUGUGUACGAAACACUCAGAUUAAAGAGCGUUUGAAUAGAAAGUUUAACGCCGUAUUUCCAGCCACAAAUUGACAGAGAUCUGACAAUAAAUAUUCUCAAUUUUAUAAAGUGAUGAACCAAAGGAAUGCCUGCAUCGCACCAUAUCUCCUAUAUAUAAACGCAUCUGUAAUCAUCGAUGGAAGAGAUUGGUAGCAGAAAGUAAUGAGGUCAAUGGAGUGAUCUGCCAGUCCUAUAGCUGUCAGGGCCAUGUUGUACAUGAAUACAAUUUUAUAAAACGUUUUCAUAGUUUCAGAACCUUUAAUCUGAAUUGUGCUUUACAAGAAAGUAUGGAGUGAACAAGGACCAAUAACUUAAUUGCAUUGAAGCUAAAAUUAAAGGGACGGAAUGAUGAAUUUCAGUCAUACAUAUAGGACGUCGCCUCAAAGAAACUUUCUCGGCUUUAAAAUGUCUUCUUAAAUAUCGGGCUCCGCUAUAACGCUUUAUGCACAAAAUAGUUGCUGGAAUGCUAGACUAGGAAAACCAGGCUUAAAGGAAAUCCGAAUAAUACCACAUGGCUUCAUUGAUCGGGUACUUAAAGCACUAAAGUCGUCAACCAAAAUGGGAGCUGGUUGUCAUGUAAAUUGUACUUAUAGAAUAGUUAUGAUGUAUGUAAAACUAGUUAAAGAUGACUUACUUUUCUUGUAUGUAUCUUUGAGAAAUUUGCUAUACU